AUGCGGGAAGCUUAUCUGGGCAGGGGGGAAGAAGGACGAGGAAGAUGGCGAUGUUUGAAUUGCGAUCUUCCAAUGCACUAUUAUAUCAUUACUGGGAACCUCAAAGAAACUUCGAUCUUGGCUGGGGGAAAGCGUGAAGAGUUGUAUGCGGAAGUGCCUGUUCCGAGUGCUGCAUUAUUGGUCGAGCACAGGACGGAAGGACUGGAUGAGAUCAAUAUCUCCCGCACAGACGUGAAUUCUAGAGGCAGAGAAAACCAGGAAACAAAGAAAGGAUUGAAAGAACAUCUUUCACAGCACAUGAUGAUUGAUUGUGGUAAAGGAGCUCAUAUCGUGUAG